AUGCUGAAGCUUGGACAAGUCGUCAUUGCACUCUGCGCCGCGGCGCUGCUUGUGCAGGCCAAUGAGGAUGAUCUGCAAUACUGCGAUUGCAUCGUGGACGUGAACUGUGACGACUCGGCCGCCAUUACCGAGGCCAUGCAGACGUUGGAGGCCAACGACUGUGCCUCAAAUUGCGGUACAGAAAUCUGCAGCAAGGCUUUUUUCUACGCGCAGGCGCACCAUGACCACUGCCUGACAUCCAAGUUGCCGGCUGGCAUUGAAGAGCUUCACGACUUUGAGGGCAUUUGCACCGAGUGCUACAUUGAGCGUGAGCACGAUGAUAGUCUGCCCACCUGCGCCAGCUACGAAUGCACCUCUGAGGCGGCUGCAACCUCUGCCUUCAAUUAUCUGGCUGCGAAUUGCUCCUCCGACUGCUCGCCUACUGAAUGCCAAACAUCCUUCCAGACCCUACGCGCCGCUCACGACGGUUGCGACCAUGAUGACGUGCCCGAAGCCGCGGAGCAAGGUCUCCACGAUUUCGAGGAUCUGUGUGCCGCUUAUGACUGCAAUGUCGAACAUGAUCAUGACCAUGAUCACGACCAUGACCAUGACCACGACCAUGAUGACCACACGUGCGCUGCUUCGCGUUCCGGUACCUUGGCCUGGAUCCCCCUUGGCGUUGCGGCCGUCGUUGGAGUGGCUUUCAUGUAA